AUGCCGCCCAAAAAGCUGUCCAUAUCGCAAAUACGCGCCGACAGCAGAGUGCGCAGCCACGAUCCGGAUCUCAAUCGCACCUCGUCCUCAUCAUCCUCAUCCUCGCACAGACGGAAUGCUGCGUCCAGCUCCAACCGAGCCAGUAGCCGGUAUCAAUCGGUCGCUUCUAGCUCCUCGACACGCCAACCAUCAGCAUCAAACGGCAGAAAUCAGGCGAAACGACCCAAGCGCUCUGCUCAACCAAAGACUUCGGCGCGCAUCCUGCACAUCUACGACGACGACAUCGAGGAAACUCGCGUCCAGAACCUGUUCGCCCCCGACUCACGCACGCGGCGUCAGAACGUGUCGUAUCGACCGCUCUCGCUGACCCAGCAAGCUCAUCGGGAUGGUCCAGACUUUCAACUCCCUACGCUGAGCAGCAUGUGUUGCUCCGUCAUAGCUUCAUGCUUCGAUGCGCUAUUGCCGUCUCGCGACCAAUUUGAAGUCGCUGCCGGCUCAAGUACAUCCUCCAAAGCCAAUCAAUCCAUCAAGAACGCUCACACGCUCAAGCAGAGCUCUAAUCCUCGCAAGCGGUCCAGAGGCAGAGCAUUUGGGGCAGCUCCUGAUUCCGACGAGGACCAGCAAGACUACAUCCCAAGCGACGAUGAGGGCUCUAACCUCAAAUCUUCGACGUCAAGAUCCACUCGCAGCCGCAGAGAAGCCUCACAUACCGCAUCUUCUUCCACACUCAGUGGCAACAACGCUUCUAGCCGGCUUCUGGCAGGAUGGACCACGUCAGAGCUGCACUACCUCACUCGCAAGACAUCAGAACAGCUCAAGUUGCUUUCUCCAGCCGCAUCCUUCCUCCUCUUUCGCGCCCUCGUCGAUCAAGCACCGCAGCAUCUCACCAAGACGGUCGUCAUCAACUACUUCUUGCCUCCCAUUUUGGGCAGCUCGUCGAGCUCUUCAUCGGCGUCUGCCGCGGCAAAGACCCACGUCUGGCUGCCAGCCUCAAUACCUUUGCUCUCCCACGACAAGUCGGCUGCAUCCUUCCUCAUCGCCCAUCUCGCCAACUCGAUCACUUCUGCUCGUGAGCAUCACUCGUCUAUUAUGAGUCAAGCCACCGCGGAGGAUAUGCCUCUUGCUGCGCUUCCAUCCCGCCUCCUUCAAUCCCAAUCUACGUCGUUUGCCCUUCGUUCACUGCAACUACACGGCUUGACACGCUUGCAGGACGGCACACUUGCUCGCUUCUUCGAGGCUGCCACCCCUUCUUCGCACAGCGAACCCAUUCUUCGUCUCGAAACCAUCUCACUUCGAGGCUGUGUCGCGGUCGGCGAUCGUACGGUCGCCGCCAUCUGCCGAUCCACCAGCGCCACCCUCCGCUAUCUCAACUUGGACUUUACCGACAUCGCCGCCGACUCUGUCUCGGCCAUCAUGCAACACGUCCCCGACAUCCACACGCUCAAAUUGGGCUACAACGAGAAUCUCUCCGACAAGACGCUACAGACCGCUCUGCAGGCGCCUACCACCGGAGGCUUCAUACCUUUCUCAAAGUUGACCAAUCUGCGUCUUCGGCAGUGCAGUCAGGUGGGGGACGUCGGCGUGGCGUGUUUCCUCAAAUACGCUCACAAGACGAUUGAGGUGCUCGAUGUCUCUGGCACGGCCGUGGGAGGUGCCAACGCGCAUCAACCUGAUCUGCACAUCUUCUUCAUGAGCUGUUUUCCCAUGGGAAUACCCGACGGUUCGGAAACCGCAACGACAACGUUGAAGUUGAGGAAACUCAACUUGCUGGAUACGAAUAUCGACUUUGAUCUGCUCAUCAAACUCAUCGAGCGUUCGCCGAACAUGGAGACGAUGUUGUUGCGACAGAUGCCCAGCAGACUUACGCGCGAUGGGAUGAUCGAUUUGCUCGAAAGAGUGGUCUCUGAUUCGCGUAGUGGUUGGCGCGAUCGAAAGUGGAAGCGUUUACAGUUACGCGUCCUCGAUGUGCGAGACGAGUUUGCCGAGUUGUUUCCCGACCUGCUCGCCAUCUUUCCGCGCCUGCACAUCGAAAGUCUGAAAACAUCCCAAACCCAGUCCCACUUCUUCUCCAACGUCCCCGAUCGAAUUCAACCCAACUCGUGCAUCGUCCAGCACCUCAAACUCCCCGACGCAAAACUCUCCGAGCACGCUUGGCAGUUCUUACCGCUCAUCACGACGUUGAGAUCGCUCGAUGUCAGCAACACCGCUGUUCCCGAAUCGAUUGUCAAGGCGACGAUAGAGGCGAAUCCCUUCUUGGAGGUGAUGGAUCUAUCGAGUUGCAAGCAGAUGCGCAUUUCGACGAGGAGGAAUGCGUUUGAGCUGGUGGACGAGAAGUGA